AGCGCGCGGCUGGGCUGCGGCACCAAGCAGGUUAUCGUGGCGGUAACACUCAUUCUGGAGGUAUCUGCUUACAGUAUCGGUCGGGACACCUGGCUGUGUUGAGGCUUUAUCGUGGUCUUCCUUAGACAUUCCAGACAGGAUGGAGGGCAGUGAAGAUGCGGCGACAUGUAAUAGGGCAAGUGAGCAACAGAGCGCCCGGAAGAGCCCGGACCGACGAGAGAACACGACAGGCAUCCUCCGUCUCGACAUCAAUAAGCCCAGGCGGAGUUCCGGAAGCUCCGUCGAGUUCCGGAACCCACCGGAGCGGGCCGGACCCAGUGAUCUCAACAUAACGGUGGAGCCGGCGUCCCCUCAGCCGUCAGUGGACCGCCUGUCGGUGACGUUCGCCCUGGAGGAACGCAGUGUCGGCUCCGACAGUUCCGUGAGGAUGAAUGUCUUCAAUCCGGGCUCCCCACCCGGCGACAACAUGGACAAGGACCACUUCCCCAGGGAGCCCACCGCCACAGAUGCUGAAGAUGACGACGAGGAGGAUUACUCCGCGAGUGUGUGCGCCAUCCUCCAGCGUCGUGCUACGUCCCGACGACAGAGUAGACGUCGCGCCAGGCGUCCCUCUUCGCCCUUUUCUCCGGAUGGGGACAGCGCUCACUCCGGUAUCCGGCGUCGGUCGUCUGUGUUCACGACAAGUUCUGGCGACACUGCUAUCUCGGUGGAGGAGGGUGUUACGCAGGAACAAAUCUACGAGAACCUUCGUCUGCACAAGGAAGUACUGUGCAGUGUGAAACAGCAGCCAUGGGGCAUGCGCCGCAAGUUGCGGCUAGUGCAGCAGGCCAAGGCCUACGUGAAGAGACAUGAGGGUGAGCUGCAGGAGCGCCUGGCACAGAGCAAGACUACCCGCGACAUCCUCGCAUCUUUCAACAUCAUCCUAGUCAAGAAGUGGCAGUAUCUGAAGCGGGAGUUGGCAAACCUGAUAAACCUGCUGAUACCCUGGGAACUUCGCAUCAAGGAGAUAGAAUCUCAUUUUGGUUCCGUCGUGGCCUCCUACUUCACGUUUCUCCGAUGGUUGUUCUGGGUGAACCUCGUGAUCACAGUCCUGCUUGUUGCAUUCAUUGCGGUCCCUGAGAUGCUGACUGCGGACCCUAAAAGUGCUGGGGAGAGAAAGGAAAUGUUGCCCGAAGAGAAAGCUAAGGCCACGAAUCUAUUAACUCUGUGGGACUUUGAAGGGGUCCUCAGAUACUCCCCCCUCUUCUAUGGUUACUACACCAACAGGGACGGAACAAGGAGUGGAUAUCGGCUUCCAUUCGCCUACUUCAUGACAGGGCUCGCUGUCUAUAUUUACAGCUUUGUCGCCACUCUCAGAAGGAUGGCCGAGAACUCUCGCAUGAGCAAGCUCUCUGAGAAGGAUGAUGAGUGUGUAUUCACGUGGAAACUGUUUACGGGAUGGGACUAUAUGAUAGGUAAUGCAGAAACCGCACACAACCGCACGGCAUCCAUCAUCUUGGGCUUCAAAGAGGCGCUCCUGGAAGAGGCUGAAAAGAAGAAGAACGCUCGAGAGUGGAGAAUUAUUGGUCUUCGAGUUCUGGUGAACUUUGUCGUUGGUGCCCUUCUUGCUGCGUCAGCAUAUGCGGUAGUGGAAGUGGUGAAGCGGUCAACAGAACCUGCCAGAAACGAGAACUGGUGGCGUCAGAAUGAGAUCACAAUGGUUCUCACAAUGAUCACAUUCAUAUAUCCCAUUAUCUUUGAAGUUUUAGGUUUCUUUGAAGGUCUGCAUCCUCGAAAACAACUUCGGCUUCAGCUGGGGAGAAUUAUGCUUCUCAAUCUGCUGAACUUAUACACAUUGAUCUUUGCACUGUUUGGCAAAAUAAGUUUACUGACAAAAGACUUGCAGAGCUUGAGACAAAAUGCCACGGCUUCUGCGGCCAUUACAUUGGACAGUUUGGGAAGUAGCACUCCUUGGCCUGUGGGAUCUCCCGCUAGUGCAGGUCUUCCCACAGUGUCUGAAACUCCUGAUAUGACUACUCCAUCGAUACCUGAUGUCACAGCUUCCAUCGUGAUGUUAGUAACUGCCUUAAGUGGAGCAUCUCGCAUGAUUACCAAUGUAAUGAGCGAACCUGCAGAAGUGACUUAUGUAGUUUCAAAACUAGUGAGCCUCCUUAACUACACAGACUCUACUUCUGGGUUAGCACACUUACCAACAUUGCCAACAGUUUUCAAUUGGACUCAAAUGUUAGAUGGUACAACUGAUUACAAUUAUUUGUUUUUAAAAGACACAGAUAUUCUUACUAAUGGUCCCCCAAUAUCAUCAGAAACAUCUGUAGAAUUUUAUGAUAAUCUUGUGAAUCAGACUGGAGAAUACUUUUGGGAUAGAAACAGAACUUUUGGUGAUCAACUAACAAAUGCACCAGUGAAUAUUAGUGACAUAGAAGUGGAUUCAUUGAACUUUACUGAUGACAGUUUGAGUAUACUCAGUUCAGACGCAACACAUUAUUUUGAUAUGACAAACAAUAUUUCUAUUUCAAGCAUGAAAAAUACAACUUUUGACAUCCUUGAUAUGGACUUUGAUCUGGAUUCAAGAAACUUGUCAUCAGACCAGAGUUUAGAUAAUAUGUCAGGUACUUUCAUAGGUAAUUUUUUAAGCACCGAAGGUGUUCCGCCGUCGAGUUCUGUUACUGUGGCAAAUUUAAAUUUUGAUAAUGGUAAUAUGCAUAGCACUUCACCACAAGACAGUGAGCGUGAACAGCUGAUGUCAACACUCAUUACAACACUAGCAACUUUAUUAGCCCAGAACAGAGAUUUCUCAGAUAGCAGUGAUCAUAUAAAGCAAGUCUCUGAGAUUCUCCAAAGAGUAACUACAGAUUUCACAGAUCCAACCAAAUGUUACUCAACUCAGUGCAACACAGUAUCAACAGAUGCCACUGUUAGCACUUGGGAACCUGCUGCAACUUUGAACACUAUAACUGAAAAGCACUCUCCUGGAUCUGUUACUGUGGAAUCAACAUUAAACCUGGGAAAAUCCUAUGGUUCAAGUGCUCUUCCAGUGCGUGAGUCGGAGAUAUCGACAGAACAAAUGGAUAUCAAGAUACGGAGGGAACUACGUCGUUUGUGUUGGGAGACAAUGUUUGGCCAGGAACUUGUGAAACUCACUGUAAUGGAUCUGGUUGUGACGGUGAGUUCUACGCUGAUUAUCGACUUCUUCCGAGCCGUGUUUGUUCGUGUCAUGAACAACUGCUGGUGCUGGGACCUUGAGAAACAGUUUCCGCAGUAUGGAGAUUUCAAGAUAGCAGAAAACAUACUCCACCUAGUGAAUAACCAGGGCAUGGUCUGGAUGGGAAUGUUCUUCUCUCCAGGACUUCCCCUCCUCAACCUCAUCAAGCUCGUAAUUCUGAUGUACCUGCGUUCCUGGGCGGUACUAACUUGCAACGUACCCCAUGAAGUUGUGUUUCGAGCUUCUCGAUCAAAUAAUUUCUAUUUUGCUCUUCUCUUGACCAUGUUAUUUCUUUGUGUUCUCCCUGUGGGCUAUGCAAUCGUCUGGGUUGAACCAUCGUGGCAUUGCGGACCAUUCUCAGGCUACAAGCACAUUUAUCACAUCUUUACAAAAAGCCUCCAGAAAGCUCUGCCAGAAUCUCUUCACCGACCUAUGGACUACAUCGCUUCUCCUGGAAUAGUGAUUCCGCUUCUGCUACUUCUUGUUCUAGUCAUCUACUAUUUGGUGUCACUGACCAGUGCCCUUAGAGAAGCCAACAAUGAUCUAAAGAUUCAGCUGCGCCGAGAGCGAACAGAAGAGCGCCGCAAGAUGUUCCAACUUGUACACCGCAGACGAAGAGGGGGAAGUGGUGCAGAUGGGACAGACACCGCGUACAGCAGGUGGCGCAAAAUUCUGCCAGUAAUGCCAUCCAAAUCAUUGCCUGGAGGACCUGCCAAAGGGGGCGACAACGCAGACGAUAAGGACAGCAUCAUGACUGUCAGCAAUGGAAACAUCAAAAGCGAUGCUAAUCGGAAUGAGACCUUGGCCAGGAUUAUGAAAAAGGCCCUUAGAAAAUCCUCUGCAACGUCUGAUGAAGAGAGCAUGCCCAUUAUGGAUGGAGAGGGGACUGAUAUCGAAUUGCAUGACUCUCUCACUGAGGACAGACCCCAUGUGAAAGCAGCGAAAGUCAGACCUCGAUUUGAAUUGUACAACAGCGGCAUCAUUGAAACAUCCUUUGAUGUUGAACAAGAACCUGUUACGAAAUGUACAGCCAAGAGUGUGAGUGAUAAGAAUUAUCACCGCCAGCACCACAGUCACAGAAGGCGAUCAGAACACAGACAUAAAUCACCAUCCUCCAGUUCCACCAAUAAGGAACGAGAAGAUUCAUUGAUAUCAACGUGGUCAGACAACAUUCCUGUCAUCCGUAUCAGCAAGACAGAUAGUUCUGAAUGCAUCCAACAGAGAGCAGAACCGCAGCAGCCGAUCAAAUCUUCCAGCAGUGACACAGUCAUUCUACCGGAUGGUAUUGAACCAGUUCAUAAACCCACUAAGACACUUUCAUCAUCUGUAAGCCCUUCUGUUCAUCAGAAGUCAGAUACAAAUUUCAGUACUGAACACGCUACACAAGACACUGUCAAAGCAGAUAAUAAUGGACACAAAAGAUUGGUACGGGCAUUAAUAACAGAGUCGAAACGAAGGAAGGAUUGUGAGGAUGAUGGUUUUGAUACAGUGGAGAUGACAUGCAGGAAUACUUCACAAAAGAAGAAUUUAAAAAAAGAUGAAACCAAGAAGUCCCAAGUAAUGUCAUAGCCAAAAUUUCGAGGAAGGUAUACGGGCCAUUAUCUGAGUAAAGGUUCUGGAAAAUCGGAAGUAACCAAGAACUGGGGGAAUUAUGUAGAACCCCUGACCUGAUAACUGGUAUUAACAUUGAAGUAUUUGGGGCAGUUGAUCAGAAUGGAUCCAAAGAGGGUGGCUAAGAAUGGUUUUGAAAGUAAGUUGAAUAAAAGUGGGAAGGCUGGAAGAUGAAGAGAAUGAUUUAUGAGAGCUGAAAGUGAAGAUGUGGAGGCUAAAGGCAAAUAAUAUAGAAGAAUCGGCAUAUGUCUUAAAAGAAACCAAGGUCCUUAGAGGAGCAGAGAGUUAAGGAGUAAGCAACUAAUGUCAUAUCCAAUGAAAUAUUUAUGUGCAGUCACUAUGUAUUCUUGUGAUUUGUAUAAGCAUUGUUACAUUCUCAGUAUUUUAAUGUCAAAAGUGAUUUUCAGUAUAUUAAGUAUUACAAGAUUCUCACAUGCUGUUCUCUUUUAACAUCAUCAUUGUUAAUGUAUUGUCUUUUGUUUCUUUUUCUUCUCAUUUUACUUCCUCCUAAUAAUGUUCUGUGUAUAUCUGCCACGUGCUACUGGCAAUCAGUUUCGAAGCUGGC